UUGCUUUUGCCUGCUGGACUGCGCUCAUUUGUCGAUUGGUCGGGCCUGUGCGGAAGCGUGUUCGUCAGUAAACAUGGCAGCCACCCAGGGCACGAACCCGUCCCAGCUGCUCCCACUCGAGCUUGUGGACAAAUGCAUCGGCUCUCGAAUUCACAUCGUCAUGAAAACAGACAAAGAAAUCGUCGGAACCUUGUUAGGUUUUGAUGAUUUUGUCAACAUGGUGCUGGAGGAUGUGACAGAAUUUGAAAUCACACCGGAAGGCAGGAGGAUAACAAAGCUGGAUCAGAUCCUCCUGAAUGGAAACAACAUCACCAUGCUCAUCCCAGGUGGAGAAGGCCCAGACGUGUAGAUGUCAAGUUUUCUAAAUGUACAUACAUCUUUGGUUGUUCUGGAUUGAUGUUAGUUUGCGGAUUUCUCUUACUGGACAUUUUGUUUUUAAUAUUUUUUAGUUUUGAUUCUUUAAGGUUUGAAUGAAUCACGUCAAGGACAGAAAAGCUCUUUUUGUUAUAAAUAAACCAGAUGAUUAAACACA